GCUUCCGGUAUUUCGGCUUAUACACAAACCAUUGUAAAAUAAAUAUUCCAAGUAAAUAUAAUAAACAGAAAAACAUGUCGCUUUCUACAAUAUAUGACAUACUUGGCAUUAUUGCCGAUUUCGAUGAAAACUUUUGUGCCAGUGAUGAUAAUUCCAAAAAGAUUAUAAUAGAGCAUUUGCAAAAGAUGGAUAAAAUAAACUUUAAAAUCCCUGACUUUCCAGCCUCAUCAGCAGAUAACCCAGGAACAGGUAUAAGUAAGAAUAGUAAGAUAUACCAGUGUCGGUGUAAACUGCCAGUAAUACUAAAUUUUAGUACUGGCUUUUGAAAGGCUAAUUUUUAUGAAAUAUAUUUACUAUGUCGGAUCAGUUAAGUCAGUAUGCCCGGACUAUGCCGCUAUGACUAAAACCGGGAAAGUGAGGGGGUGGGGGGGGGGGAACAAAUGAUAGCAUGCUAUUUCUGGCAUCCCCCAUCCAUCAUCACUAAAACUAAAAAUCUAGAUCCCCCGCAAAAUUACAAUAAAUACAAAUAAUCUCCCCAUCAUUUCAGUUUCAAAAGUAAAAAUCUAGGUAAUCUUUCAGUUCAGGUGCGUAGUAUAGUAUAUUUAAUAUAUAAUAUUAUUUCUGAUAGAAAUUUUGUGUUUUGCGCGUAAAUUUACGUGCAUUCUUUAUAAAAUUUAGUCCAGAUAGUAUUAGUUAACACUAACACUAAAUUGUACAGCACUAACUUUUCUUUUUAUUGAUUUUUACAGCCCCCAUUGGUACAUAGCCGAUAGCGUAAAACGAUCUCUCCUUUUUCUUGUUUUUUAAAAUGCACCCUACGUGCCAGAUUGCAAUUUUUCAACUGAAAGCAAUUCACAAAAAAACGAAACAAGAAAUUAGAUUUAUAACAAGUGUAUGUGUACUAAGUUUGAUCUCGUUCCAUUCACCCAUGCCUAUGCAAGAGCCUGUUUGGAAUUAAAUAAGAAAAAAAAGAAUUUUGUGCCCCUAUAAAAUAACGGAACACUAAUUAAAUUCAACCCCCCCCCCCCCCCACACACACACACUUCAGGUGUAUUUCAUUCUUUUGUAAACAUGCCUUCAAUUUGAAAAUUUCGUUUAGCAUACCAACUUAUAGGUGAUCAAAGGUCCGGCAUCAGGGUGAAAAAAAACACAAAACAAAUAAAGCUAUGGAAGGUUGGGAGAUUUUCAAAGAUGCUUUUGAAAUAAAAUCAAACGAAAAUAAGCGCUGAGUAAUUCAGUAUUAGAUAACUAUCACUGCCUGGAUUUAAUUUAAUGAAGAAUACACUAAGUUUACACGCCAUCAUAUGAAAUUCGAUCACAAAUAAUAUAUGCACCUGAACUGCAAGAUUACCAAAAGCUAAAUGUGCAGAGUGCAGUUAACUGCAUUGGGUUUUGCCAAGAGUUGUCUCACCUUAAGCGCAGUGACGUCACUUAGGGGAAUCCCAACACUCGAUUAGGGUGACUGGACCAACGAUUGGACCUGAAUGAUGAGCAUGAUAACUUUCCUGUUCUUCACUGAGCAUUAAUGAUGUCAAAAACAUAAACCCAUCAAUGAUGUUUGCUGCUAAGUUGUCAGUCAUUGUAAAGCACUAAUCCAUUUUUCCUUGCAUGGAUGUGAGCUAAUUUCAGCUGGCAAAUUUAUCUGCCAAGUAAGCCGACUCAGCGAUUCCAUCCACAACUGCUGUUCUAAUCUACACAGUCCCAACCAAACUCUUCUUUUUUUUUUUUUCAAUCAUAAAAUUGGUAAGCUCUCCUUGAAAUUAAGAAAUGCUUGAUUAAAACUUUUCCUCUUGGCAACCAACGUACUUCAGCAUGCAGUAGAAGCUGUUUAUGCGCAGACUCCAUGUUAUGAGCAAAUAAUUUUGAAUUUAAAGCAUGAGCCUUCACAUAAUUCACAACUUUUACAACCUUGCUAGGAGUGCAUACAAUGCGUUAAUGGGUAUGAUUACCAUAGUCCAUGCAUUCGAGUUUGACUAGGGUUGCCUUGAUUUAGUUAUUGAUUUAAACCGUUUUGAACACAUUAUUUUGUUUCACUAUAUAGUAUAAUGCGUUCAAAAAGAAAUUUGAUGAAAAUUUUAAUGCAUGAACUGAAAAAAAGACUCAACAAAAUUUCCAUUCGAUCGAAAUUCCGUCAAUCAAUUUUUCCAUCGUCCGGUAACUGUUAAAAUCUUAUAACGCCAUUAGUGUAGGGGGGUGCAAUAUUGGGAGCUCGUCCCAGGGGGUAUUAGUCAAGGUACACCACUCCCCCUCCAUGUCCAUUCUUAAAUGAAAUCACGCUUAUAAGUUUUUUAAACAAAAUAGUUACAAAUCUGUGUCAUUAAAAAAAAUUGCAUUAUUUAUCUUUUCUUAAUUACUUUUAAAUUUUAUUCAUACAAAAAGAGGGGGAUGUAAAAAAGAAUUUAAAGAUCUUGCAGUUAAAAGAGAAAGCUACAUUUGCAAAUAGUUCCAAGACUUUAAUGUUUCUAUGAUGGGGUUAGUGCUGCUGUCAUCAGUUAAUAAUGACUUUUUAAUAGGGGUGUGCCGGACCCCGGUCCGGAAUCCGGUUCCGCCGGAUUUUGCACUAUCCGGUGAAAUCCGGUUCCGCCGGAUUUACAUGUAUCCGGAACAACCGGAUUCCGGAAUCCGGAAUAUACCGGAUUUCGGAAUUUGCCAGAUUUUGUGACUCACCGGAUCAUAAUCUGAAAUAAAAGUAAUUCUCUUUCCCGAAUUUCACACGAUCACGAUACAUUAAUCGAUUGUUUCGAGCGUUGAGCUUGUUUAAUGUUUAAUAUUCCGUACAUACCAGAGGCUAGAGUCAGCACCGCUAAUAGUGGCCAAUAGUGUAGGGACUUUGAUAAGAAAAUUUAAACUUUUUGUAAAAAUAAACCAAUGGCAUAGUUGAAAAGAUGUAAUUUUUUAAAGAAUUAUAACACCAAAAUCAUAUUUUUAGCUGUUGUAGUUUUAAAGUUAUGAAUUUUUAAAGUACGACUUGGUUUGUCAUUUUUUAACAUGGACUGCAUCUCCACAUUCUGUGAUCUCAUUCCACCAAUCCCGUCAUGCGCAAUGACUAUAUAGUUUAUAUAAGGCAACGCAUUCCCUGCCUUAUCACUAAAAUACUGUUUAGACUUAGUUUAAACUUUCAACUUUGGCACAUGAAUAAUUAAUUAAAGCUUUCCCUGACCAAUGGUUUAAUAGUUUUUGCACACGGCAAACUCUUAUGAAUGAAACUCUGAGGUAGUACUACGAUACAGUUAUGCAAGUGGCUGUGAAUGGUUGCCAAUGACAACGUGUUGCACACGGUAAAUUCUGAUCAUUUAUAAUAUGGAUUCUACCGGGUUGUUAAAGCUCAAAUUAAAACAUUCCAGUUUAAAUGUCUUUAAAUGCAUUCUGAAACACAAGUUAUCAAUUAUUUUGAUGUAAAUAGUGAUAAUAAAUUAAUAUUUCCUAAGUAUCGUCAACUUCCGCCAUUAAAAAGGGGGGCGUGGCCAACCCCAUGGCGAAAUUAGGUUGAGCGAGCUGCAUGACCUGCUGCGAACGCGUAGAAACAUGGCGUCUCUCGUAAGACACUUAUCCAAAUGGAACGGAACUCAAAUAUAUAUCGAAAGUACUAAUUUAAUAAUAAAUAGACACACACAUCGGAAAAUUAAAAACUCGGAUUUUUUGGCGCCGAUUGCGAAUUCCCAUACACAAAAAGUAGUAGUCCACCUUGACUUACCGAAGUAUCUACCAAUAGUACCAAAAUCCGGGAGAAACCGGAAUCCGGAUUAUUCCGGAAUCCGGAUUAUUCCGGAAUCCGAAUCCGGAUCCGGCGGAUUUCGCAUAAGAAAAUCCGGAUCCGGAUCCGGUUGGAAAAAACGGAUCCGGCACACCCCUACUUUUUAAUAGUGUUAAGGAUUCUUUUUAUAAAAAAUUUUGAACUUUCUAAAAAAAAAAAAAAAGAUAAAAUAAUUAUUUUUAAAAUUGCAGGUCUUGAAUGGUUGAAUGUAUCUCAACCCCUGAAGUUAUACGAUCAUUUAAAGGGAAAUAUUGUUGUCUUGGAUUUCUUCACAUACUGCUGUAUUAAUUGUAUGCACAUUCUACCCGACCUGGAAGUAGUUGAACAGCAGUUUCCUUAUCAGUCUGGAGUGGUAGUUAUUGGUGUGCAUUCUGCUAAGUUUUUAAAUGAGAAACUGACUGCCAAUAUUUUAAGUGCAAUACUUAGAUACAACAUUACACAUCCUGUGGUAAACGACAAAGAUGCAACACUGUGGCAAGUAUGGUCAUUAAAAUUGUUACUUUAUUUAAAAAAAAUAAAAAUCCUCAUUUUUAAAAAAAAAUUAUUAUUAAAGAAUCAGGUUAGCCUGAAAUUAAUCUAGAUCUAUAGAUUGAAAAGAAGAAGAUGAAAUAAGUUUCUUUUGGAAAUGAAAACAGAAUCAAAUAAACCUCUUAUUAUCGGACAAACAGUAUGAAGUUAACAAAAUAGAAUUGAACUAGAAGUAAAAAUAAUUUUAAAAAUUUAAUGAAAAGUAAUAAAAUUAAUUUAGUUGUUAAUUUUAGAUGUUAUCUGUGUGUCUCAGAAUUUUUAAAAUUUUGCCCGAUAACCCUGGUUUAAAACUAUUAUUUUCUUGAUAUACUGAGAAGAAAUAUAAUCUGUGAAUGUGUGUAAGAUUGUGUAGUCUUCAACUAUUCUCAUUUAUGUCCCAGAAAUUGAUUUAUAAUUAUUAUUUCUUCUUUUAGGCUUUGGCUGUGUCUUGUUGGCCAACACUCGUAUUUUUGGGACCAAGUGGCCAAAUUAUUUAUUCUCUUGCUGGGGAAGGUCAUAGGUCAAAAGUUUUGAAGUUUCUUCGAGUAGCAACUGAAUUUUACUCACCUUUGCUUCAACCAUGCAUUUUACCUCUUAGCCUAGAGAAAGAUAAAACCCCAAGGUCCAACUUGAGUUUUCCUGGGAAAGUGUUUUAUUGGCAAGAUAAGGAUUGGCUGGUCAUUUCUGAUACAGGAAAUAAUAGGAUUCUUGUGACGGAUAGAGCUGGAGUUGUUCAGGUAAUUACAGUUACAGUUAAAAACAAUAAAUUUAGAGAAAAAAUCAUUAGCUCAUAUUUUAUAAUAAAUUUACCAUACUUCCAUUAUUAAAAUAAAAUUACUUAACAUUAAAGAGAGAGUCAGUAUAGAUAUCGUUUAAAGGUAUUCGAGCCCUCUAAUGUAUAUUUUAAAUUCAAAUUUGAAAAUUGUGAUAGUAACACAGCUUUGGUUGAGAUCUGUAGAUUAUAUUCUAUUUUAUUUGUUUGACAGGCUGUUGUUGGAAAUAGUCACAGAGGUUUGCAAGAUGGAAACUUUGAAAGUGCUGAAUUUUCAUCCCCGCAGGGCAUUUCUUGUGAUGCUCAAUACAUUUAUGUUGCAGAUACUGGGAACCACUGCCUUCGCAGACUUGCAUUUGACGAUGCUGGGGUGAAAACUUUAUCAGGUACCGGUCAGCAAGGUAUAGAUAAAGAAGGAGGAAAACUCUGCAGAGCCCAAGAGCUUUCGUCACCUUGGGAUGUUUUGGUGGCAAAGACACCAAAUGGUUAGUAUUUGUCAAGAAUUCUGAGCACCAUUUUUAAAAAUUAUUCAAUAAUUCUGACUAAAUGUAACCCAUUUGAACCUGUAAUUGAAACCCAGCCAAAAACCGUUUCAACUCCAUAACUGUUGAAUCCAGCUGCUAGAACACAUUACUUUACAAAAACUCUUGCUACCGUAUUAAAAAGAAAGUCUUGCAUUAUGUUAGACCAAAGGGGGCCUACCGCAAAAUAUUUGUAUAUUAUAUUAAUCAGGCAAGGAGUGUUCGUUAUUUUAAUAGUUUCUGUAUUUCUUAAUAAUGGUAAUUAUGAUUAGUGGAGAACCUUGCCACAGUUUUUACACUAUUGAAGCACUGGACAAUUAUGCAAUACAAUUUGUAAAGCUAUCAUUGGACAGUUAUGUAAUGCAAUAUGUGAAGUUUUCAUAGGACAGUUAUGUAAUACAAUAUGUAAUACUAUCAUUGGACAGUUAUGUACUACAAUAUGUAAAACUAUCAUUGGACAGUUAUGUAAUACAAUAUGUAAAACUAUCAUAGGACAGUUAUGUAAUACAAUAUGCAAAGCAAUCAUUUAUGAACAGUUUCUUAAUACACCUGAAUUUAAUUUGUUAAAAUCAAUAUACGAUACACACAUAGUUGUUCCUCUCUGUUUGAAAAUUCAGUUUUAAGCAUAAGAAUAAGUGAUAUAGGUUCAUAAUUUUUUUUAUCUUUUGAUAUUUCUUAAAAUUCUCCAACAUUAAUUUUAAGGCUGAGUUUUAUGAGUGCGUCAUUGACAGACCUUUUUGUGUGGUGAAUUUUGGGAUUAUUCUGUCUUAUUUAUAGUUAAGUACAAAAAUCAUAAAGAGUGCGAAGAGGUCAACCAAUGUAGACAGCUUUACUUAAUUAGUGUAUAAUAUAAUUGAACUAAAACAUUCACCUGAAACUGUAUUUUAAAACAAUAAUCAAAAAGAAACUAAUUUAUCUAUAAAUAGACUAACAUUCUAGUUGAUGUGAUUUGAUUUGAAUUCCCUUUGUCUCCCAGACAGCAGCCCUGUGAUGUUCAUAGCAAUGGCAGGAACACAUCAGAUUUGGGUUUAUUUUCUGACAGAUAGUUUGUGGUACCACGGCAGGUAAGUUAAAUCCUUAUAACAUUGGCAGAAAAAGAUUGUAUCUGAAAUUGAUCAGGUAUUUUUUCACACUUAAUCAAUAACGAUUAUUAUAUUUUUAAUGAUAAAACAAGUUCCUGUUUCAUUUUAGAAAAUUUGAGGCGGGCACAUGCAUCCGCUUUGCUGGAACGGGAUUAGAAGAAAACAGAAAUAAUUCCUAUCCUGAAAAAGCCAGUUUUGCUCAGCCAUCUGGACUGGCUUUUUCUAUGAAGGAUGACAACUUUAAACUUUACAUAGCAGACAGUGAAAGUUCCUCCGUACGCUUUAUCUCACUUUCUGAUGGAAAAGUUUCAGGCCUUGUAGGAGGUGAAAGAGACCCCACCGUUAGUCAAACAAAUUUUUUCCCUUGUUAUUCUUUAGCUUAAUUAUGUUUAUUACAGUUUAUUAACCUAGGUAAACUAUAUUUUUUAGUAAAAUGGUUCACCACAUAUAGAUAUUUGUUUUUAAUGUUGGGAAGGAUUGGCUGAAAUGAUGGCACUGAGUAGUUUGACUAGUUGCAGUUUAGAUUAGAUAUGGCUGAGAUAUGAAUUCCAACCUUUACAUGUGUCUGGGUUUAUCUGGUUGGCUUCAAGCCACAUGAAUUCUGCAGAUGUUUAGAAAGUUGAAUAAGUUAAGAUAUAACUUUAUUUUUACUAUUCACUGGAGCAAAUAAGUAUUUCCAAUACUUUUGAUUGUUUCUGCUUUCUAAUGAGUUUAUUGAGCUGCAGUGGCCAAUAAGUUAUUUCCAUUAUUUCUAUUUAAAGUCAUAUUUUGAUUUUAUAAACAUUUUUUGUCAUUGAAUGUAUUUUUUUAUUAUUUUAAACUAGAACUUAUUUGCUUAUGGUGAUGUGGAUGGCAAAGGUGUGGAUGCAAAACUGCAACAUCCUCUUGGUGUUGCUGUGUUAGAGGACAAACUGAUCAUAGCUGAUUCAUACAAUCACAAGGUGCUAGAAGGUUAUUUUAUUAUUAUAUAUGUUACAUGUUGUAUUUUGACUUGGCAUAUCACAAGCUAAACUAUUUUAUUUCAUUUAACCUGAAUCGAUUUCAUAACUAAUGAUUUUAAUAAGUUUUAUUCAAUGACUUAAUAAGGUAGGUUUAUUGCCCAUUCUAGGUGUUGGCCAACAUGUGUUGCGCAGUCACUCCUGCUUCUAUGCAAGUGUGUCCUGUUGGCCACCAUGUGUUGUGAAGUCACUCCUGCUUCUAUGCAAGUGUGUCCUGUUGGCCACCAUGUGUUGUGAAGUCACUCCUGCUUCUAUGCAAGUGUGUCCUGUUGGCCACCAUGUGUUGUGAAGUUACUCCUGCUUCUAUGCAAGUGUGUCCUGUUGGCCACCUUGUGUUGUGCAGUCACUCCUGCUUCUAUGCAAGUGUGUCCUGUUGGCCACCAUGUGUUGUGAAGUUACUCCUGCUUCUAUGCAAGUGUGUCCUGUUGGUCACCAUGUCUUGCGCAGUCACUCCUGCUUCUAUGAAAGUGUGUCCUUUCAACAUCUUACAAUUGAUUUGAUGCAGAACUCAAAGUGAAAGAAUGAUUUUUCUUUAAAUUGAAGAAUCCACAAGGUUAUGCAACUCAAGCUAUGACCAAGAUUAUUGAAUGUCUACAGUUAAAAAAUAUGUAGUUAACUAUAAGGAAGACAAGGUUCAUUCACUCACUACUUUUCUGUCACAUAAAAAUUAUAACAUUUGUUAAAAUGAUUUUAAAAAUAUAAUGAAGAACACAGUGAAACGAAAUAUUUGGGUGAAACCAAUGUGAUACAGUACACAAAUCAUUUUAAUAAAUUAUAUUUCUUUUCUCCUGUGCGUUUUCAUAAAUCUUAAACUUGGUGUCCUACCUAAUGAAUCAACAGAUUAAAGUUGUGGAUCUCAAUUCGUCAGUCUGCCAGACUCUAGCUGGAACAGGACAUCCUGGCUCCAAGCUUAACACUGAUGAUCUGUGUGCUUGUGAGUUCAAUGAGCCAGGAGGGGUUACGGUGAACACAGUAGACCAACUGAUAUAUGUUGCUGACACAAAUAACCAUUCCAUCAAAGUCAUAGACUUGGACAAAAAGAAAAUAUUUCAGGUUUGCAAUUUAAAAAAAGAAUUUUCUUAGUUAUAAUAUAAUAAAAUUGAAUCGUUGAUCAUAUGAUAAAAUAAAUAUUGGAGGAAAAUUUUUUAUGGAGUGAGGUGAUUUGAUUUUUUUAAUAAAUCAAUAGCUUGGACUGGCAUUAAUCAAUAGAUAUUGCUGUAUGGUUGACUGUAAUAUUUAAUGUUGUCUGAAACUAAAAAUAAUCGAUUGAAUACUUUUAAAUUGAGCAAUUAAGUUGGUAAAAGUUUUAAAGUUUGUUUAUUAUUGUUUCCUUAUUUAACUUAAUGAGACAAAUGUCUGCAGGCAAUGUUAAUAUUUUAAUUAAACGUUAAAUAUAUUGAAACUAUAAUAAGAUAAACAUAUAAAAUCUAAGUAAAGAAAAUGAUCUGCAACUGUUUUUAUAUAUAUUUUUUAAAGAGAUGAUAAUUUCUUCAGUAUACAUAUUUGUCUCCUUCCAGUUACCAAUUGUGUUUCCUGAAGCAAAUGAGAUGGGUUCAGUCUUGUCAUCAAAAGAAUCAGACACGUCAACAAGUGAUUUGACAUUGCUCCCAGAUCAAGUUGUUCCGAAGGACAGCUCAUCUGUAACGCUAACGGUGUCAUUUAAACUGCUUGAAGGAGAACACAUCAACACAGAGGCCCCAAAUACUUGGAGAGUUAUAGGACUGGGUCAGUCUGAUCUAAUGUUAAAAAUAUUUUAUGAUGAUAACUUGGACAUAUUGUUUAAUAGAAAGAAAAAAAAUAAUUAAUUUUUAUCAUCACCAUGACAUUAUUUCCUCCACAUUUUAACUUAGUAAAUGAGGUUAAAUUACUUUCAAGGACUGUGUUUCUCAACCUUUUCUAUACUCCACAACCCCUAUGAUUCUUUGACUAGUCUCGCACACUGACAAUUUGUUUUACUAAGUCUGUCACCCUUUACAAAAGUAUGGAUAAUGAAGGAUCGCAUUCAAGAUGUGUGAAGGAAAUAGUGUACCAAGGUAUAUGGAAGCUUGAAAUAUAUAGACGGGACAAUAAGAAGGCUCUUAGCCCAAACAUUCUCUUUUUAUUGUCUCAUCUUUAUAAUUCAAGCUUCCACGUAACUUGUUCCACUAUUUCCUUUACAAAAUUAACCAUGGAAUUUACCUGAUAACUUUAAAAAAGUUAACUGCUCCUGACUUCUUAUUAUCACUUUGCCUUGCACUCUCUGAAAUGCCACCUCGAACCCCUGGGACCCCAGGUUUGGAAACCACAUGUCAAUUUUAAACAUAAAUAUAGAUAAGCAAACAUAUUAGUAGAAGUACUUAACAAAUAAAUGUAUUUAAAACUGGUUAUGAAUUAUGAGCAAAGCUGACCUUUACUGACGGACAAAAUAAAAUAGCCUAUGAGGACCCAUAAAUAUAUAAUUAAGGUCCAAUAAGUAAUGUUAAAUGAUUUAGCAAACACUCAAGAUUUGGAUUAUGGUACUUGAGUUCUCAAGUGUAAUGUUGUGUGUUCUGUUUGUUUAAUGAACAGAUGAAGUUAGUCAAGAACUCUUGAACAAAUUGUCAGCGGGAGACACAAAAGGCAAACUUCAGUUCUUGUCAGCAGAUGCAGAUCCCUUGAGAGUGCAGGCCAACAUUACUCUGAGGCUGCCAGUGAACGUCACAACAGGCCUAUACCCUUUGAAGAUCACCAGCCAGUUAUUUGUCUGUCAGGAUAAGACCAAUGCUUGUUUACCACCUCGACAAACUCAUUUCAAACAAGUUCUUAUUUUUAUCUAAUCAUAAAUAAUUUAUUAAAAAAUUAUAUUCAAACUAUGUCUAUUAUUAUUUAUGACUGGCAUAUUAUUGUUUCAGAAAUAUUAUAUCUAGAGGAAACAGAUAAGUGGGUGGAAGAAAAAAGUUUAAAAUCUUAUUUUACAAAUAACUAUUUUUGCCUAGUAGGCUCAUCUUUCAGAAAAAAUAUUUAAUGAAAAGGGAGUCCAUAAACUAUUAAAUGUAAGAACCUCUGAUGCUAGAGAUGAUUUAGACCCUGGCUCUAAUAUGAAUGCCGGUGUUUAUAGUUAUAUUCAUCAUUAUCAUUUAGAGAUUAUUUCAUUGUAAAGUUCUUUGUUAUUUCACAAAGUUGUGUUCCAUUGUGUGGAGGGAUUAAUUUUACUGUAUACAAAUGUCCCUAUGCUGUUUGGAACAGACAUUUCUUGGUGUCAAAGUAAGCUUUCUUUAUUUGCAUUACAAUGCACUUUUAUAAUAGCUGCAUUUUGUAACAUAUUUAUGUAUAUGCACAUUUUUUGUAUAAUUAUUAUGGAUCUGAUGAUG